GUUUGUUCUCAAAGUUAAGAGGAUUCAACCGACUUCAACUUCAAAGUAGUAUAUUUUCUGAAGCUUCUAUUCCCAAAUCCCAGGGGAGUCAUUUCUAUGGAGUCCAUUUCCUUGUUCUGGGAAGUGAUGUUACCUUGGGGACAUUGUCUUGUUGAGAAAAAAAGAAUUCUCCAUGAUAAAACCCAGUACUUAAGUGCCAGGAUGGAGGACAUUGAGGGAGAGAACUCCCCUACUCGGGCUCAACGGGGCAAGAAGCGAAAGCGAGAUGAUGAGCUCAUUCACUGGAAUGAUGAAGGACAGGAGCUAGUAGGUAAAGCCAGGUGUUUCUUAUCACAAGAUGGUGGUGGAUGGAGGAGCUUCUUAAGGAGUGCUAAGAUGAGGUGGGAUCUUCACAGAUUGGUGGAUGCUUUGGAAGUCCAUGACAAGAAGGGUGAUGUGCUGCUUAGAGAAGCGAUGUCUGAUGCACAGGGACCUUGUCGUGGCUAUCAUAUACCGGUGAAAGCAUUGGUCAGCCAAGUAGCAUCGAAUACUCUGAAGCAACUUCAGCUUCUUUUGGAAGAUGAUGAGGUUGGAAGGAUUGCCAUUCAUGGGGUAGUCGGAGUUGGUAAGACCUUUUUGAUGAAGCACCUGUAUAACAGUGCACUAAAGUGGGUUGACAAGUUUGUUCAUGUUUUCUGGGUCACUUACCCAGAUCAGUUUACUACCAUCAAGCGUCUGCAAGACGUUGUUGCUGCAGUUGUGAAGUGUGAUUUAACCAGUGAUGAUGACUUGAAUGUAAGGGCUAGAAAAUUGUCGGAGACACUUGGAGAUCUUGGUAGUUUUGUGCUCUUCUUAGAUGGUGUACCAGGUUCUGAUUUCUACUUGGACGAGGUAGGAAUUCCUGUGUCUGCAGAAGGGAGAAAAUGUAAGGUGUUUUUAACUACUAGCUCUACCCUGGAAUGUAGAUUGUUGGAUAAUUUUGAAGCUAUCAAAGUUGAUCAUCUUCCAAAGGAACAAGCAUACCAGUUGUUCAUGCGUGAAGCAAAUAUAGGGAAAGAACUUAUUUCUUCCCUUGGCGGCAUUUCUAACUCACUUUCUGAUAAGUGUCACGGACUGCCAUGUACAGUUGUAAACAUAGCUACUCGUAUGCGUGGCAUAGACGACCCUCGCGAAUGGAGAAAUGCACUGUUUGAAUUAGGACAUUUUGGGGAUGAAUAGCAAAUUACUUCCAUUUGAGUUGUAACUAGUAAUUCGUCAACUCAAGUGUGUGGGUGUGUGCCAGUUAAAAAAAAACUCGAGAGAAAAGUGAUGCCUUCCUCUUUUUCUCCUAGCUGAGAAACCUUUCCUAUUUUGUCGGAUAGGUUAACAAGGAACUGAGUAAACUAGCAUUUGUAACGAACGAGUAGCUGAGAGUUUCAUUGGGUCAUUCGACAGGAGAGUUGAAUAGCUGCAGUUGAUGAGGAUCCUUAGUUGCUAUUUUCUCUUCCAGGAAUCGGGUUCAACCGAAUCGAAAGAAAUUUUGCAAAUGGAAUUUCUUCAAGCUGAUAAUUUCAUAUAUUCAUCUAAUCAGAUGAGACUUGAGAGCUUUCGCCACAGUAAGUGAAGUAAUUUCAAACAUACAGCUACAGAAGGCGCUCAACUUCUGGGAAACGAGGCUUAGGGAUCAGGAUUAAAGUACAUAAAUUUGAGGAUUGCUUUUUGCCAACUUCUCUUUGUAAUGGAUGGAUGAGGGAUUUUACAUUUGAUAAGCCUUUCUAUUAUAUUAUGAAAAUCAAGUUCAUUCACA